UUCACAAUGCAACACAACAAUGUGUGGCAGAAACAGCGGAAAAGACCAUCGAAUACCAGAAAGAUCAAUCUGGAGACGCUAAUGAGAAGAAGUUUUGUUAAAGUUUUGAAGGAAUAUGUAAAAGAAUCUUCUAUUGGUGGUAUCAAGGAGAUCUGUAGCCCCAACAUCGGAUGGAGAGAACGACUUCUCUGGAUUGGAGUUUUUGUGAUUAUGAUGAGCGCGAUGUUUUACUAUCUCCACCACACGUGGUUUGAGAUAUUGACAAAACCCCUGGUUAUCAGCAUGGAGUCUUCUACCUAUCCCAUAUCAAAAAUCAACUUUCCUGCUGUAGCCUUUUGUAAUACGAACAGAAUAAGCAGAAAGGCUUUGAAAGAAUUUUCUCAGAUAAUGCAUAGGAGCAUGGCGUUAAAUAACGAAACAAUAGAAGAAGUUGAACUUUUCUUUUUACAAUAUGGCCGCCUUCUAGAUUAUUCGUAUGAUGAUAUCUUAAGAAAUCACCCCUUUUUGGAUAUAAUAACGCUCAAAGAUUUCUAUUCACAAAAUACAUCGGAAGUCAUGCAAAAGUUGGCUCCGAAAUGCGACGAAAUGCUACUCAGAUGCGGAUGGGGCAGCGAAGAAGUUAAUUGCAAAACUAAUUUUGACGUCCAAUUGACGGUCAGGGGACAUUGUUGUAUAUUCAACUAUAUUCAGGAAGACUCUGUCGAUGAUCUAAAUUCAGCUAACAAGGACGUCAAACGGCAGUCCGUACCGGGAGCACUCUAUGGAUUACGUUUGGUUCUUGACCCGAUGAUUGAUGACUACGCCUAUACCGUAAACAACAUACGAGGAUUUGAUGUUUUUCUGUUUUCCCCCGGUCAUUUCGCCGAUUUUAGCGGGGGCAAAGUGAUUUAUCGCAUAGUGGAGCCUGACAGAGCAGAGUUCAUUGAACUAUCUUCUAUACAACAAAGAGCUGCUGCCGAGGUCCGGAAAUAUCCUGUUCGGAUUAGAAAAUGUUUUUUCCAAGACGAGAACGGUUCUUCACACAGGAAAACUUAUACAUACAACUAUUGUAUAAUUAAUUGUCGCAUUAAGUCCAUACAGUCGCUUUGUAAAUGCACUCCUUACUUUUUGCCCGGUAAAGAUAGGGCACGUACAUGUACACUAGAAGAUUUAAAAUGCCUUAAUAAAUAUAGGGAAAAACUUCUCUACUUGUACCCAAAUGACGCCCAGGAUCUUCGCGGACUUGAAACGGAAGUGGAAGAUUCCCUUUUCUGUCCCAAUUGCCUACCCGAUUGUGAACCUAUACAGCACUAUGCCAAAUCUUACAAGAUAUCUAUAAAUACAAUUGAAGAGCACUUUGUACCAUUCAGGAGUGAUAUGUUGUAACAUCGGUGGAUUCUGCGGUUUUCUUUUAGGGUUUUCUCUUUUUGCCGUUGUUGAAGUGUUUUACUACUUUGUCGUUCGUUUUACAAUUGUUGUUACAAA